GGCGCCGGCCGUGCGCUGGUCACACGCCAUGUGGCGCUGCGGCGGACGGCGGGCGCUGGGCGGGCUGUGGCGUAAGAGUAGCGGCUGUGCACACCAUGGAGUACGCAGGUGGAAGAGUCAGCCGGCUUGUGAGAGAGCUCUACAGUAUGAAGUGGGAGACAAGAUCCAUGGGUUCACCAUAAACCAGGUAACGCCUGUUCCUGAGCUGUGCCUGACUGCAGUGACGCUUCGCCAUGAUAACACGGGAGCUAGGUAUUUACACCUCGCAAGAGAAGACACCAAUAAUUUGUUCAGUGUACAGUUUCGAACUACGCCAAUGGAUAGUACUGGUGUUCCUCAUAUUCUUGAGCACACCGUCCUGUGUGGUUCUCAGAAAUACCCAUGUAGAGAUCCGUUCUUCAAAAUGUUAAACAGGUCAUUAUCCACUUUCAUGAAUGCCUUCACAGCUAGUGAUUAUACUCUGUAUCCAUUUUCCACACAAAAUCCCAAGGAUUUUCAGAACCUCCUGUCGGUGUAUCUGGAUGCAACCUUUUUUCCAUGCUUGCGGGAACUAGACUUCUGGCAGGAAGGAUGGCGACUAGAACACGAGAACCCAAGUGACCCCCAGACGCCCUUGAUCUUUAAAGGAGUUGUCUUUAAUGAGAUGAAGGGAGCUUUUACAGAUAAUGAGAGGAUAUUCUCACAGCACCUUCAGAACAGACUUCUUCCUGAUCAUACAUACUCAGUCAUCUCCGGUGGUGAUCCGUUGUGCAUCCCAGAGCUCACAUGGGAACAACUUAAACAAUUUCACGCUACUCACUAUCACCCAAGUAAUGCUAGGUUCUUCACUUAUGGAAAUUUUCAGUUAGAACAGCAUCUGAAGCAAAUUCAUGAAGAAGCACUGAGUAAAUUUCAGAAAAUUGAGCCAAGUACUUCAGUGCCAGCUCAGAAGCCCUGGGAUAAGCCUAGGGAAUGCCAGAUAACAUGUGGCCCGGAUUCAUUUGCUACAGAUCCUUCUAAACAAACAACUGUCAGUGUUAGCUUCCUCUUACCAGAUAUCACUGACACAUUUGAAUCCUUCACAUUAAACCUUCUGUCUUCACUCUUGGUUGCUGGACCCAACUCUCCCUUUUACAAAGCCUUAAUUGAAUCUGGACUUGGCACAGACUUUUCUCCUGAUGUUGGAUACAAUGGCUACACAAGAGAGGCCUUCUUCAGCGUUGGCCUCCAAGGCAUUGCAGAAAAGGACAUUCAGACGGUCAGAAACCUUGUAGACAAAACAAUUGAUGAAGUAGUUGAGAAAGGAUUUGAAGAUGAUCGAAUUGAAGCUUUACUUCAUAAAAUUGAAAUACAAAUGAAGCACCAGUCUACCAGCUUUGGACUUGCCCUGACUUCAUAUAUAGCUUCUUGUUGGAAUCAUGACGGGGACCCCGUGGAGCUCUUGAAGAUGGGAAACCAACUGACUAAAUUUAGGCAGUGCCUUAAGGAAAAUCCAAAAUUUCUGCAGGAAAAAGUAAAACAGUAUUUUAAGAAUAAUCAGCACAGACUGACCUUAUCAAUGAAACCGGAUGACAAGUAUUAUGAGAAACAAACACAAAUGGAAGCAGAAAAAUUAAAGCAAAAGGUCAAGUCUCUGUCCCUGAAAGACAAGGAACAGAUCUACCAGAAAGGUUUAGAAUUACGGACUCAGCAAAGUAAACCUCAAGAUGCCUCCUGUCUGCCGGCAUUGAAAGUUUCAGACAUCGAGCCCACCAUGCCUUUCACUGAGUUGGACAUAGCGUUGGCAGCUGGAGAAAUCCCUGUGCAGUACUGUGCCCAGCCCACCAAUGGCAUGGUGUAUUUCCGAGCCUUUUCUAGUUUAAACACACUUCCUGAGGAGCUGAAGCCAUAUGUGCCACUCUUUUGCAAUGUCCUUACCAAGCUGGGCUGUGGCAUUCUCGACUACAGAGAACAAGCUCAGCAGAUAGAACUGAAGACAGGAGGCAUGACCGUUUCUCCCCGUGUGCUCCCUGAUGAGUCCCAUCUGGACACCUAUGAGCAGGGUGUCCUUUUUUCAUCUCUCUGCCUGGAACGAAACCUACCAGACAUGAUGCAUCUGUGGAGUGAAAUAUUUAACAACCCAUGUUUUGAAGAAGAAGAACAUUUCAAAGUCCUAGUUAAAAUGACUGCUCAAGAGCUCUCAAAUGGAAUUCCAGAUUCCGGGCAUCUCUAUGCAUCCAUCAGAGCCAGCAGGACCCUCACGCCCGCAGGGGACUUGCAGGAGACCUUCGGAGGGAUGGAUCAGGUGAGACUGAUGAAGAGAAUUGCAGAAAUGACAGACAUCAAGCCAGUCCUGAGAAAGCUCCCACGUAUCAAAAAACAUCUGUUAAACUGUGAUAACAUGAGGUGUUCUGUGAAUGCUACCCCUCAGCAGAUGCCUCAUACAGAAAAAGAAGUAGAGAAGUUCCUUAGAAACGUUGGGCGAAGUAAGAAGGAACGGAAACCUGUGCGCCCACACGUGAUCGAGAAGCCUGCACAUAAUGGCUGUGGUGGGAAUACACACGUUAAUGGCUCCCAGAUCAUAAGAAAGCUGAUCACAGACCCCACUUUCAAACCUUGCCAGAUGAAGACUCAUUUCCUGCUGCCUUUCCCAGUGAAUUACGUUGGCGAAUGUGUUAGAACCGUCCCCUAUACCGACCCAGAUCAUGCCAGUCUUAAGAUCCUUGCACGUUUGAUGACUGCUAAAUUCCUGCAUACAGAAAUUCGAGAAAAAGGGGGUGCUUAUGGUGGAGGUGCCAAACUUAGCCACAAUGGAAUUUUCACUCUUUACUCCUACAGGGAUCCCAAUUCAAUAGAAACACUGCAGUCUUUUGGGAAGGCUGUUGACUGGGCUAAAUCUGGAAAGUUCACACAGCAGGACAUUGAUGAAGCAAAGCUCUCGGUCUUCUCCACUGUCGAUGCCCCUGUUGCUCCUUCAGACAAAGGAAUGGACCACUUCCUGUAUGGCCUCUCGGAUGAAGUGAAGCAGGCACACAGGGAACAGCUCUUUGCUGUCAGCCACGACAAACUUACCGCUGUGAGCAAUAAGUACCUUGGCAUUGGGAGAAGCACACAUGGAUUGGCCAUCCUGGGACCAGAAAAUGCAAAAAUUGCUAAGGACCCGUCAUGGAUAAUAAGAUAACUGGACAUACGAACUGUACUCAGGAACUCAGUUGAACCUAUAUAUGUUUAGGCUCUGACCUCAGUUUAAUUUCAAAGGUCAAAAAUGUUACUGCAUUUUCCCCGACUCUUACUUAUAGAAUUCUAUAAAUAUUGCCAAAGGUAUUGACUGGCAAGUCAGACAAAAAGUCUUCUGUCUUAAAGAAGGAAAUAUAAUGAACUUAAAGACAUUGGUUGUAAUAAUCAUGCAUCAAAUGCCAAAUAUGCACAAAUGAGAAUUGAAGUGUUCUAAUGAUAUAAAUGCUUAUUUUAUCUUAUUAAUCCUAGAAUAGUUAUUUCAAAAAUGUAAAAAUAAAAGGCAACUGAGACCUCCCAUGUGCUUUGUUUAUGUUUUGUUUU